CAGCCGUUAGCCGUUGCACGUUUCGACGCAGAGUCUGAUCUUAUCUGAUCUAAUCUUCACAAUAUUCUUAUUAACAUCUUUACAAUGGCUCGUCCCUCUCCACAGCAGUGGACGGCCCUCCUUGGGCUUAUUGCCAAUGACGCAGAGCUGGUUCAUGGAGAGUUUAAAGGACCGUUGGGUGUAGUAAGAGUGCGCAGGAGGUGGGAUGAAAUCGCUCAGAUUCUCAAUGCGAUGCCUAACGCCCCAGUACAGCGGGACGGAGAGAAGUGGAAAUCUACCUGGAUAAGUCUAAGGGGCAGAGCAAGGGAAGCCUUCCGCCUGCUGGCUAAAUACCGAGCUGGAACAGGGGGAGGCCCACUUGCAGAAUUUGUUGGCCUUGGCCUUUCCCCCCUUUAUGAGCAAGUCUUAAGUAUGACUGGCACCAGGGCUGCAGUUGGCAGCAACUGCCCCAACCCUCUGCAGAUACAGUUGAAUAUUGCUGCUGCAGCCCAGCAAAAUGUGGUCCAUCUAGUCCUGGGCGAAGAAGGCACCUGUUGGUGA